GUGCCUCUCCAGAUCCUCGCGCUCAUCAGUCACUCGGACAGAGACGAGAACCGGAGAGGAAACACAGUUUAACAUUUUGGAAGACUGAUUGAUCCGUCCUGAUGAGCGACCAGCCUCCCCCGUACAUUCAUCACCCCCCCGGGGGCCCCUCUGCUCCCGGCUUCACUUCAGCUUACAGCUUUCAGCCUGCAUCCUUCCCCGGCUCGCCAUACCAGACCUUCCCCCAGACUAACACAGGUGAAGGAGACCACGCCUACUACCACGGGCCACCGGGGCCAGUGGGACCCCCGGGGCCCUACCUGCCUCAGCCCGGGUACCAGGGGCACCAGGGGCACCAGAGCCAGACCACCCACCCCUGGGGCGGCCCAAACAUGUACGGAGAAACGCCAAAACAGACAGUGUUCAUGGUCGGGCAGGAUCGUGGCCACAGCAAUGUCGGCGGUAAAGGAUCGUGUCUGACGGCGUGUUUGGCCGCUCUGUGCUGCUGCUGCCUCUGGGACAUGUUGGCCUCUGGACACCACUGAGUCUCCCAUCAUGCAGCAGGGCCAUCGGGACCAUGCACCUGCUGCUGGGAAACUAAUUAUUGGGAUAAUAUGUUAUAUAUAAAUAAUAUGUUUUAUGAUCUGAAUCUCACCCCAGAGAGUCUUUAUGUUCAGCUCUCUGAUUGGCCGCUAUGAGAGACGGUGUUUGUGGUCAGGGAUCCUCCCGUCCAACGGGUUCAUGUGUUUUAUACGUGUUUGUAUGUUUCUUCACUGUUUCUGAUGACGAGGUCAAGAAAAGGCUUCCUUUACAUGAGUCUCAUUCAUCAUCACCUCUGGUUAGUGCUAUCUGUUUUUCUGCCAAUAUGAGAAAUAAAAAUAUAAUAUAAGACUUUUGUUUCAUCAUUUAUAAUUAUUUACAGAGUUAUAUUUGUGUUUCAAACACAGACAAUAAUUCUGGUCUAGUUUGCUGUUAAACUCGUACUCGUAUUUAACCUCUGUAUCUCAAAACAUUACGACUUUGUUUGAGAAAACUGUUUUCUCUGUUCAAAAAUGUUGCUCACAUCAGGGUCCGUACGUGAAGUAUUGUUAAUCUGCAGUUAUUCACAUUUUGUGAGUUUCUUUUUCCAGAGCCGACGCUGUCUAAACACUGUUAGCGCAUCAACUUGGACAAUGGAAAUUGAACAUGGAAACAAAGACAGCUCGCCUUCAAAGUAAAAUGUCCGUG